AAAGAGAGAGAGGGAGAGAGAGAGAGGUAGGGAGAGAGAGAGAGAGAGAGGUAGGGAGAGAGAGAGAGAGAGCCGGUCCUGCACGGAUUACACACGCGUCUCGUCUGCAUUUACACUCUCUCUGUUCCCCACCCAAACCGGGGGGCUCCUCUGUCUCUCCGCUCUGAGGGAUGCUGAUCUGAGUGCUUCACGUUUUUUAGCCGUGUAUCUUGUGCGUGGUCACUUUUUUUCCCGUGCCGGACGCUGAUUUUGGUCCAUCCGUCGUCGGUGAAGACCUGUGGGGCGAGAUGCUGGGCUUGGACGUGUGCGAGUUUGGGGGGCAGUUUCUUGAGCUGCUCUGGCUGACAGUUUGCUACAGAGGCCUAAUGGCAGAUAAAGAGAGCACAGUCCCUGUGGGUGAGGAGGUGGAUGAGACUGACCUGAACUACAAGGCCCCCGCCCAGAAAAGCCUGCAGGAGAUCCAGGAGCUGGACAAGGACGACGAGAGCCUCAACAAGUACAAGCAGACUCUGCUGGGGUCCGGCCCUGUGGUGUCAGAUCCCACUGUUCCUAAUGUUCAAGUGACGAGGCUGACACUGAUCUGUGAUCAGGCUCCUGGACCCAUCACCAUGGACUUAACAGGUGACCUUGAUGCUUUGAAGAAGCAGAACUUCACCAUGAAGGAGGGAGUGGAUUACAGGGUGAAGAUCCACUUUAAGGUCAAUAGGGACAUUGUGUCUGGGCUGAAGUAUGUGCACUUGACCUACAGGAAAGGCCUUCGAGUGGACAAAGCUGUGUACAUGGUGGGCAGCUAUGGGCCGAGGGUGGAGGAACAUGAGUUCAUCACCCCGGUGGAGGAGGCGCCCAAAGGCAUGAUCGUCCGGGGCACCUACCACAUCAAGUCUUACUUCACAGACGACGACAAGACGGACCACCUGUCCUGGGAGUGGAACCUGCAGAUCAAGAAGGACUGGGACAGCGCGGAGUAAAGCAGCUCCCUCUCUGUCCCGCAUGCACCUGCGCCGCUGCAUAGGGCCUGACUGCAUGUAGGAAAGGUGCACGGAGAGGGGUUUACGCUGGGCUUAGCUGUGGAGCAGGGUUGGGUUCAAGAAUGUAUCUUUUGUUACUAUAUGAGGGUGAAAUUAAUGCAAAUAUAAGGACUAUUAGAGCUGGAUCAGUUUUCCCAGAGCAGGUUGUGUAAUGUAACAUGCAGGAUUUCAUUGGGUGAAGAGUUUGGGAUAAAGUGUCGGCGUAAUUUCCUCAAAUUUCUGGGACUGAAAAGUCAAAACCUGGAUGUAAACACUCAGCAGGACAGUCACAUUGUAAAACUAGACAUGCUGCAGAUUCAUACCGGAAUCCCAGAUCUCAUCCGUAAUCCCAGAUCUCAUCCGUUAUCCAUACUGGAAUCCCAGAUCUCAUCCGUAAUCCCAGAUCUCAUCCGUUAUCCAUACUGGAAUCCUAGAUCUCAUCCGUAAUCAGAGCCUGCCCUGGUAAAAUGAAUCCAGCUCCAAUAGGACUACGCAGUGCGUAAUUAUUAGGGUGUAAGGGAUGGUAGGGAAAUACACAUAUAUGUGAGGACUUGCUGGGAUUUAGAGACAAAUUUCCUAAAGAACAUGUUAUCAGCUGUGUAGACAACAGACUAAAUUCCUCGCGCCUGUAUUCUCAGGUUAGUUCGUGUUUUGAACUGUAAAUGUAUGUGUUAUGACGUCUGUAUCCUUCGCGUUUAAGGUUCUUUCCGGAGCUUCAGAGCAGAACGGUGCAUGCGUGAGUGUGAAAUGAUCGUGCAGUGGCUUCUGUACUGACUCUGUAGUCAGACCGUUGUGAAUAACUGUGGGUUUUCGCAGGGAUUAAAGGAAUAUUUCAGCGCUUUUUAACCCAGUAUCUGUUUGGCCCCCAUAUGUGUCGUACCAUUGAUUAACACAGUCAGUCAUCGUGUCACUUCAGCACCUUUUCCAUUGGCUUCUGUUAUAAGAUUAUCUUAAAUCUAGCCAAUAAAUCUAAUAUUUCUCUUGUUGAGUUUGUUGUAAACGUUUAUUAUUGUAACUCCUUUCCAAACAGUUUUUACUUGUUUUAAGCAAUUUUAUUAGGCAAAAUGAUCUCACACUAUCUUUGCAGAUCAUUUUGGUUGUUUUAAAAAAUGUGCUUGAAAUAUGCUUAUACGUUUAUUCUUGGUUAGAAAUACGCUAGAUAAUCUUUUAAUAAGUGUGCAACCAUCUUAAAAUAAGAAAUAUUACAUAUAUCAACUAGAAUUAACUUGACAAGACAAGUGUAGAGUGUCUUUCACAACUGGUCAUGGGUCCCAGUCCCAGGACUGACUGGAUAUCCAGGUUAUGCAUUUAACCCUCCUUUCCUCUAGGUGGCGCUGCUCAGCUGGCUCACUGUACUGCUCUGAUUGGGCAUAGUUAGGCCAAGAAUGGCACAUUUCCUACAGAGGACCAAUAAAGUAGAUAACAUAACAUAAUAUGCUUAUGUUAUGUAGCAAAUCAGUAGAAGGUCAGCAAAUAAACCUUAAAAGUAUUAAAAAAAUUGAAAUAAUUAUCGAGAUUGAGUAACAUCAUUUAUGAAUGAUGAAAUGCUUGUUUUCUUAGAUUCGAUGUUGUUCAAGACUAGUAGUACCCGAGUUAUACAUUAACCUAAGUGAAGCGAAUGCGUCAAAGUUGUUGGGCUCGGUGAUCGACCUUAUGCUCCAAACGCCGGUUAAAAGACGUUGGAGUAUUCCUUUAACCCUCCCUGCUGACCUCCACAAAGUGACGUGUGCUAAGUGUCGCUCGUGCCAGAGUUGUUCCCGAGGUUAACGCCAUAAUCAGACAGCAGCCCCAUGUCCAGCACUUCUGUCUUCUGUUUUUACCGAACUUGCAUUUCUUCUACUCUUUUAGCUUUCAUAUCAGGGCCUCUCAAACCUCUUUUCCACAAUGAUAAUGAAAAGAAAAGAAAAGAAGGUGUCAUUUGUGUGCUUGACAGUAUGAUAAAGAGAAAGUGACCACAUGCGUUUCUCGCUGCUGUCAGAUCAAAACCUCGUAUCUCAGAAACAGUAACUUUACAGGAGAAGGUAAAAACCUACUCCACUGUUAAUGUAAGUCAAUGGAACCAGACGUCUUUCCAAGUCGUUUUAGAUCAUUUCUGUUGGUCCAUUCAUCACGACAUUUACACACAACAUAUGGGACCAUAUGGACUUUCAAGUCAUGUCAAAACCUGAAAAACGACAAAAAUGGAGAUACGAGGUUUUGUCCCGGCAACAGCGAUUUAUGUACCUCUGCUUGUUCUAAGCCACUCUAACAGUGCCAAGCUGUGUAACAUUACACGAGGAACCUUUCAAGAAAUUAAGUAACACCGAAAAUGUAUAACAUGCAUGUGUACCGAGGCUAAAAUCAGACACGUGAGCAGAGAUUAAAAGAGACAGAGAGAGAAAAAGAUUAUCUGCUUCGUGUCUUUUGUAAUUGAUAACUGUGUAACUCCACAGUCGAAAGAUGAGUAGCCUGUUAAAAUUGACCUUAAUCAGCAGACACUCAUACCCCCUCAUAAUGUCCUGUUUUUCUAAAAGGGAUAUGGUUGUGAUCUUGUACUUAUUUUCAUAACUAGAUGUGAUCUUGGAUAUCUGUAGACUGCAUGUUACAUUUUUUACAGCCUCGUCAUAGUUUUCCAUUGUGACCUGUCAGACGUGACGGCGGGGACAGUAAGAGUCUGGUAUACGGCUUGUGAUUCAAAUAAAAUUAAAUGUCAUAGUGGAAAAUUUACUGUAUAUCUUUUCAUGCAUCUUGCAUUUUUUAAAAUAAUAAAGUCAACCAGUAAAGCUUGUCUGAA